GGGGCAGGGAAAGAAUCAAUCCCUAGAAAUCGGUUUCGGCAUGUGGCCGUCACUUUGAUCUCUUGCGUUGCCGAUUUCUUCUCGAACGUUGCCUUCGUUCUUCAGUUCCGUUUAGGGUUUUUCGUGCUAUUCGAUCGGAGCGAACAGGCGUCUUUAACUAUGAUUCUUUCUUCAAGUAUCAUCGCUCCGAUCUCCUUCCUCAAUAGCCUCCGUGCCUUUGGCCCUGGACUCAAUCCUUUCGCACCCUUCGGCAUGGGAAACUACUCCGCCUCCCGCUAAGUUCUUUUGCUUCCUUGACUGCCCUUGCUAUUAUGUAAAGCUUCUGCCUUGAUUCGAAGUUUGCAUCUUCUGUCGCUUACUUGGAAGGACCAGAUCUUGGUUCUCUUUUUGCUCAGAAAGAAGACCGUUGUUUCUAGUGGUUUUCUAGAAAUAAAACUGUAAUUUAUUCUCUUCAUUGCGGUGUUUGAUAAUUGGGAUCUUGAGAUAUGCCUCCUGAGCAGCAGCAGGUGAAGACUCGGAGUUGCUUGUCAAGUAGACAUCUUUUCAAGCAGAGGAGCAGGGAAAGGGAUGACAGGGGCUGGACAUUGCUACACAUUGGUGCCAGAAAGGGUGACUUGAAAGAGGUUAAGCAUCUUUUGGAUGGAGGAAUGGAUGUCAAUGUCACUACUUUCGGUCCCAAGGCUCAUGGUGUAACUCCUCUUCAUCUUGCUGCACAAGGUGGGCACAUCAAGGUUAUGGAUGAGUUACUGGAGCGGGGUGCUAACAUUGAUGCACGAACAAAGGGAGCUUGUGGAUGGACUCCUCUCCAUAUUGCAGCCAAGGAAAGAAAUAAGAAAGCUAUCAAGUUCCUCGUUGAAAAUGGUGCGUUCCUGCCACCAGAUAUGAAUGACAACCGGUUCAAUCCACCCCUCCAUUACUGUCCUGGACUUGAAUGGGCCUACGAGAUCAAACGCAAGCAAGAAGAUGGUCUUUCUAUUUCUGGAACUUCUUAUAGCUCGGAGAGCUAAUAAACCUGAUUCUGCAAAACUUGCAAGUAUCAUCAUCUCUUAAAACCCCAUUAACUGUUCCAGAGGAAAGUGACUACUUGAUGUAAGAUUUGACGACUGUCAGAGGAUGACACAGCUACUGGAAACCUAUCAAUGUAUUUGCAUUUCAAAUAAUUCAUAUCUUACACUUAAAAGUUUGCUUGCACUUUCUUAGGGAUUCUACUCCUGUAAUUCCAAUCGACUUUUGACAAGGGAUAAUAUUAGUGAAAAGGGUUGGCUA